UUCACACAUCGUGCGUUCGCCGUCGGAUGUUUUGAUUUGUUCGUCGGCGGCAUUGCGACUCGUUCGGUUCCCUUCGUCGCUUCCGGACUGCGUUUGACAUUUUCGCGAAUUGCGACGACGUCGCCUGUCAAAUAGUCAAGGCUCGCGUUCGGCUCGGUGCAGUUUGGCAGUUUGGGCGAGUGUUUUUUUUCGCAAAGUGAAUUUGACGUUAGUGCAGGUGUACGUGCGGGGUCGUCGUGGAUUAUAUUGAUUUUAUCCUCGCGGAAGUGUUUUCCGUUCUGCUCUUGAUGAUCAUUCUCUUCGUUAUUAUGUCAUUUGUGUGAUUCUGUGCAGUGAUUUUGUGCAAGUGUGGACAGCGGAAAGGAGCGGCGGCAGCAGCGCGAACGGCCAAAGGAUGUGGAUCCCGGCCAACAACAAAUACGGAGUCGCUAUACACAAUUGGCAUGGCGACGUACAAUGCGGCUUACCACUGGAUGUUGGCGACUCCGUUGAAAUAUUGGAAGAAUGUGGCGAUUGGUAUCGUGGAACUUGCCCCCGUCGACCACGAACGGUUGGGCUCUUCCCCAAAUCCUAUAUUCAUAUAAAAGAUCUGUCAAAAACAGAUCCUGUUGUUGCAGAAUGUACCCAAGUAUUGCGCGAAUGGUCGGAAAUAUGGAAGCAAUUAUUUGUGAAACGGGAGAAUUACAAAUUUAUAUCAUUACGAAAAGUAAUGCUGUCCCUAUUGGAAAUUCGACGAGAAUUACUAGGAGCAACUUUAACACAAGAUCAAACAUUAGAGCUUCAAAUGACUGUUAUAUCGAAAAUAGAUUGGGGCAAUCGAAAACUCGGUCUAGAUCUUGUACCACGUAUUGGUCCACUGGCUGUGAAUCCUCACAUUGUAAGCAUUGUAUCGCUUCAUAAAAUCCACGAGAAUAGUGCUGAAAAUGCCAAAGCUUCCUCGAGUCGUGGAACGUUAAGACGAAAAGCUACCAAAAAUAUUUUAUCUCAUCAUUUAUAUUUAUGUAUGCGAGAUUUCGGUCAUCGAAUUGGAGAUGAUGUUGAAAUUUAUUUCUUCCUAUAUGACGCCUAUCCGAGCCGAAUGCGUGCUCUGUCUGAACGAUUUUUAGUGAAAAUAUCGAAAGACGGAUUCUCGAAUUAUGUUGAAAAGUUGCAUAGUAAUUGUACUGUGUUCACUGACUUGGGAGCAGCUGAGUUGAGUAACGAUCUGCAUCUUGUCGCUCACGUUAUGCGAGUGGGUAAAAUCAUCCAUUCUGAAUCUAUCAAAAAAGGAGACAAGGCGAUAGUUUCGCAAAGCCACCGCCGACCUUAUGGUGUUGGUAUUUUACCACUGAAUGAGAUCUGCCAUUUGGACAGUACUGUGGAAACGGAAGAAAAAGAAUUCACCUUCAAGAUAUUUCAAUGCGAAGAGAAAGAUUUUCACCAACUCCACGAACUUAUCAUAAAAAAAGCUAGUGGCAAAUUUUCACCAUUGAAUACUGGUGGUCAAAGUAACUAUGGAAUUGUGGUUUCAAUGAAAUUAUUACACGGUGGAUUGUUGCAAGCACGCCAAGAGCAGCCGACCCUCUUCCAAGGUGCAUCUAUCACCCGCAAAAUGGGCUUUCCUGAUGUUAUCAUGCCCGGCGACGUACGAAAUGAUAUGUUUAUAACACUGGAACGUGGUGAAUUCGAGCGGGGUGGAAAAAGCACUGCGAAAAACAUAGAAGUAUCAGUCACAAUUCUAGAUAACAUGGGAAAAAUAUUACCUGAAUAUUUAUAUGGAGCGUCUGGAAUGGAAGCUGUGAAUAGUUAUAAGUCAACAAUUUUAUAUCAUCAAAACUCACCAUGUUGGAACGAGACCCUACGCUUGAGCGUACCAAUAGAUAAGUUUUCAACGGCACAUGUUCGCUUUGAAUUCCGCCAUUGUUCCACACGCGAAAAAUCUGAGCCAAAACUAUUUGGUUUUAGUUUUGCUCGUCUAAUGGAACCCAGUGGCGCAACACUAUCAGAUGGUAUACACGAACUAUACGUAUAUAAAUGCGAAGAUAUUUCAAAAAUCGCAUCUGUUAGUUACCUAAAACUACCUUGCAAACCUAAAGAUUCACAAGCCCAGCAAGAAAGUAAUACACUCUUCCAUAAAAGUGCCAAAGAAAUGUUCACCAUAAAGUCACUACUAUGUUCCACAAAACUAACACAAAACAAUGAUUUGCUAUCAUUGCUACAAUGGCGAACUCAUCCGGAAAAAAUCGAAGAAUCUCUGAGUGCCGUCUCACGUUUACAUGAUGAGGAGCUUAUCAAGUUUCUUCAAGAUGUACUAGACGCCUUGUUCGCUAUGUUUUCAAAUGAGGAUGGCAACAGCACAAAACACUCGGGGACUGUUUUUCAUGUCCUGGUUAGCAUCUUAUAUCUCCUAAGGAGCAACAAAUUCCAACAUUUCAAACCUGUGAUGGAUGAAUACAUAGAAAAACAUUUUGCAGCCGCAUUAGUCUAUAAAGGACUUAUCAUGUCGGUCGAUCAUCUCGCUAAGAAUAUGACAAAGGCGGAUCGACCAGAUCCUCUACAGAAAUGUUUCGGCUCUUUGGAAUACAUUUUCAAAUUGAUUAUUCAAUCAAGGAAACUUUUCGCCCGAGCGACGGGUGGACAAUAUGAAGAUUCGUUCCGAAAAGAUCUUCAUACGUUGUUCUGUUCUUUGAAUGGAAUGUUUAGUGUCCCAUCGUAUGAUAUUGUUUUACCCACUCAGGAAGCUUUACUCAAUUCAAUUGGAGUCGUUCUGGAGCAAUUAAAAGGUACACUGCCACCACCGGAAUUGGGGAUGCUUGCUAGGAACAUGUUGGAUUCGAUUCCUGUUGAUUCGCAACCGCGUUUGAUUCAAGCCAAGUUACAGGCUGUGCGAGAUUUUGUUUCCGGUCAAUUAUUCCAGGAUGACGAAUCGAGAUCAGCAAUACUCGCAGUAGCAUGCAAACACCUUCGAAUUCAUCUAGCUCGACGAGAUGAACUACGACUCUGCGCCGAAAUAUUAUCGGAGAUCCUCACUCACCUCUAUCAAGCGCGUCAAAAGCAACAAGAAAAACUAUCAAAUACUCUUCAACAUGACCUGGAUUCUCUUUGCAAAAGCUGCCUCGAUAUUUUGAUGCAAACAAUAAUAAUUAUAAUGGACGGAGCAACGUCUAUUCUGUCUCCGCUCGUAGCUGUUCUCCUUGGCUUACUCGAAUUACUUGACGAAUCGCAUUACAAAUGCCUUUGGGACGAAAUCAGUGUUAGCGCGGAUAUGAAAGAACUUAAAGAUUUCCUGCAUCGUAGCUUACUCGUUUUCAAGGAACUGUUGACUCAUGACUGGCAAGUCUUUCCUAACGAUUGGCUUGUGAUGAAGCUGGCGGCGAAUGAUGUGAUUCGUAAAUCAUUGGAAGAAUUUGCAAAACCUUUGGUCUACAGAUUCUUGGGACAUUUAACAUUCGAUGCCAACCUUUGGUGGACAUACUUCAGUUUGGCAGUUUCAUUCCUUACACAGCCCUGUUUACAGUUGGAACAGUAUCAUGAACAAAAACGUCGAAAAAUACUACAUUCGCAUGGUGAUAUGCGUGUUUUGAUGGGUUUCCAGAUUCUUAGUAUGUGGUCGCAGUUGGGUGAGCAUAAACUCCACUUUAUUCCAUCCAUGGUUGGUCCAUUUUUGGAAGUGACUCUCGUACCGGAACCAGCUUUGAGGAAAGCAACACUUGCUGUUUUUUAUGAUAUGAUGCAAUGCGAACAGAUGUCAAGAGGUUCGUUCAGACUUGUUGAAAGAGAACUAAUAGACAAACUGGAUUUGCUUAUUAGCGAAAAUAAAGGAGAUGAUGAGUAUAAGGAAUUGUUCAGUACAAUGGAGCAUCUGAGCUUGGUCUUGCUCGAAAAAGUGCAGUCUGAAGAUCCUGCAUGGAGAGAAUCAGGAGCUGCGUUCAUAUCGUCCGUGACGAGGCUAUUGGAGCGUCUGCUCGACUACCGAAGUGUUAUGCAAGGUGACGAAAAUCGCGAUAAACGUAUGUCUUGUACGGUCAACUUGUUGAACUUCUAUAAAAAUGAAAUCAACCGAAAGGAAAUGUAUCUAAGAUACAUCUACAAACUCCAUGAUUUGCAUCUUCAAGCUGAAAACUACACAGAAGCUGGCUUCACUUUGAAGUUAUACGCGGACAUGCUCAGUUGGGACAAGGAAACGCUAACAUAUGCACCGAACGACAACAAUUUUCAACCAGAGUGGCAUCGUAAAGAAAUGCUCUAUCAUGAAAUACUGAAAUAUUUCGACAAAGGCAAAUGCUGGGAAAAAGGUAUCCCUCUCUGCAAAGAAUUGGCCAAUUUGUACGAGACAAAACGAUUCGAUUACAACAAAUUAAGUGAUAUAUUGAUAAAACAAGCCAAAUUUUUCCAAAAUAUACUAACACAAUUGCGUCCUGAACCUGAAUAUUUUCGUGUCGGAUUCUAUGGAACUGGAUUUCCACUGUUUGUACGAAACAAGCAAUUUGUUUACCGUGGUCUAGAGUACGAACGAAUUGGAACUUUUACACAACGACUACAAACUGAAUUUCCUCAAGCGCAAAUUCUAACGAAAAAUUCCCCACCAGAUAAGUCGAUUCUUUCGGCACCUGAGCAGUAUAUACAAAUAAGUAACGUGCGUCCGAUUGGCGAUCCGAAAGCAUUGAAAAGUGCUAUGGUUCCAGUACCAGAAAAGAUUGCAAGGUUUUAUGAGGUUAACGAUGUGACCCGAUUCAUCCACGACAGACCUAUUUACAAGGGACCCGUUGAUAAGGAGAACGAAUUCAAAAGUCUAUGGAUUGAACGAACAACUCUCGACAUAGCAUCACCUCUACCAGGAAUUCUAAGGUGGUUUGAAGUAAUCUCAAAAUCACACCAAGAGCUGACCCCUGUGGAAUUUGCUUGCGAAACAAUGGAAAAUGUCGGCAAAGAACUUUGGGACUUGGUGAUACAAUACAAAACGGAUCCAAAACGAAACAUAAAUCCAUUUUCAAUGCGUUUGCAAGGAAUAAUUGAUGCGAACGUAAUGGGUGGAAUAAGUAAGUAUCAAGAGGCAUUUUUCAAUGAACAAUUCUUGAAGACUCCACUUGGACAAAAUCAACAUGCGAAUGUUCAACGUUUGAAAUCUCUAAUACUGGAACAAAUACAAGUACUGGAUACGGCUCUAGAGCUUCAUGGACGAUUAGCUCCAGCCGGAGUUCAGCCUUUACAUAGCCGUUUAAUUGAAAGAUUCUCUCAACUAAAGCAAAGUUUAUCAUGUUUAGAUAAACUGAAACGGCAAUUUUCAGAAAGUAUAGUAAAUACUCCCCUUCCGCCACUUCCUAUUGAUAAAAGGACCUUGAGUCUUGGAAGUUCAUAUGUUUACGAACAAGAUGAUAUUUACACUAGACCAGUCGAAGCAAGAGAAUAUCACGCCACAGAUUCACUCCGCUAUCAGGAGCCUAUUCGUCGAGAUGAUCUCAAAUUGAUUGGUUUAUCGAACGAAAUGAACGCUCCUGUUCCUCCAGUUCCACUAAGACCCAGAUCUACUGGGUUUAUAGGAACAAUGGAAAGUCCAGAGACCCCUCCAAAAGUGGGCUUUCGCGAGAAGCCUGGAUCACCAAAAGCACCUCCGUUACCUCCUCGUGGUCUCACACCUGACAAAAGAGCUUCAAAUCCGAUACCGUUUAGUGAAUACGCAGAACGCAAAGGGUCAAACGGUAGUAUUUGUCUUCCUUCGAAACAACCACGUGGUCCACAAAAAUACGCGGUGGUUGAUAUAAGCUUCGAUGAUCCUGAGGCUGACUAUAAUCAUCAUCACCACAAUAUGCAAAUGGAAAACCUGCUGGAUAUUUGUCACCCUCCUAAUGACUAUCGUGACUCCGGAAUUUCAACGAGUUCAAAUGAAUUUCAAGCCAUGAAUAACUUUAAUAUGAUGGACGAUCUGAGCAUACGAGAGAAUUUCAAAAACAAUCCACAAUCUGACAUUAUGAACAUUAUUCAGAGUCAAGAUGUAGACAUUCAACCACCACCUAUUCCGCCGAAAGCGAUGAAUGUGGGGGUGAGCAAUGAAUCGAUCAAUACUGAACGAAUCUCACCCGGGGUUGUGCAAUACAAUGGAAUUGAUAAAGCUUGCAUUCCAAGAAAUACCUCUGAAAAUGAUGCACCUGAAUCUCAAUAAGUUUAAGGAAUGGACUAUUUAGGUUAAGAAUUAAACUAUGGAACUCAUUUACUAUCUUUCUAAUUUCACGAUGGGGACGAGGUAAGUUUGUGGCAAGACUUUCAUAUGUUUAUGUCUUUGAGGUUGGAAGCGAUAACGCUGCAACUAUGUAAGAGUUGGGGACGCCGGAACGCUUAUGCAAAUCGAUGUAUGACUGCGCGCUUGCUGCAAAUUUCCCUGUCUCGACCGUGUUUGACUAUGAAAUAUACUUUUACUUAGUAAGGUCCUACGGGGCGGUUUCCAUUUCAUUGCCUUCCUUCAUGGAAUUGGCUAAUUAGUUGAGGGUGUUGCCUGGUUUUGUCGUGGUUUCAUUCGUUGUAUUUUUUUACUAGAAUAGAAGGAAUGGAAUCUAAACCGCCGGCCUAUUAUCUAUAUCAUACUAUUCUAUGCUAUCUCUGUUACGAGUAUUAUUUAUGAAAUACUAUUUUCUAUUAUCCAUUUGGGUUACACUACAUGAAGGAUGAAUAUACCGCACUUUUUACUCUUAUAUUGAUGUUGUGAAGCCAAAUAUACCAAAUAUAUAUAAAACUAUACAUAACUCAUAGCGAUAAGGUAAUUUCUUGGUGAGAAUUAUAAUAAUUAUUGUAAAUAGGUAUAUCUACGGCAAGAUUUUAUUUUAUUUACACUUGGUUAGAAGGACUUGGAUAUACCUUUAAGUGACAUUACCAAUUUAUUGUAUUUUCUCUUUUGCAUUGCGUAAGAUGUAUGUAUAUUUGUAAUGUUUAUUUAAUUGUAACUUAAACUUUGAUUUUACAACCAAUACACAGCAGCGAAUAAGACA